AUGUCUCUUGCAAUCGCUCAUCCGCUGGCCGGUCUCGCCGCCAGACUCGCCCUGCCAGCUGUGCCGGCCCUCUCGAACGCACUGUGGGCCCCAGCAGAGUCGUUCCUCGACCGCCUGCGCAACAAACUGCCUUCCAAACUACUUCCGUCGUUCCUAGACAACGGUCUCGUUUUGGCAGCCCCAAAGAAGAAAACGUCCCACAUGAAGCGCCGGCUGCGCCUUUACACGCCGGGAAGCAAGCAGAUCAAGCCCAACCACAACCUUAAUCGGUGUCCGUCGUGCGGAAACUACAAAAGAUCGCAUUUCCUGUGCAUGUCUUGCUUUUUUGAGAUCAAACAGCUAUGGAGCGAGCAGGCCGGGAAACCGCCUGUGUACAAGGAGGAGUUUGCCAAUCCUGCCGAUGAGCGGGUGCUAUAUCCAAAGACGUAUGAGCGUCCGCACGUUAAGAAGCUGCGGCUGAAGGAAUACGUCGAGAAACGUCCGAAGCCGCUGCCUGUUGAGAAAUAA